GCCACUUGCAUUAAAGUUUCAAGUUAGCGAAAGAUUUUGAUUGUAUCCAAUAAACGAAAGUUUAUUGUCUUGCCCUCCAUUUAACGAGGGUGAGUUACAGUGAAGGGUCAUUACAAGCAUGAGUCACUAGAAUAUAGAGCCAAUACAAGUAUGAGUCAAUACAGUAUAUCUUGAAACUUCUCAACGAUUGGCCAGCUCCUCCUGAUAAAUCGGUUGGUCACGCGCAGGGUGACGUGUCAAGGAAAAAUCUGUCUAUAAAAGAUCAAGUAGAUCCAAACUUUAAACACUAUCUCAAAUCCAUUGUGAUGAAGUUGGCUGAAGCAUUAAGACUCAAGACUGAUUAUGCAAAGAAGUUAAGUCAGUUGAAGAGUCGGAUUAGAGCUGGCUGUACUGUUCAGGAGGGUGAUGAACCACCCGAGAAGCCACAGGAACUCUUGGUUGAAUACGAGGAGCUCUCUCAAAAGCUUUUUGAGUUGGGCAUCGCAAUCAAUUUGGCCAAUUCUCGAGAAAAGAUUUCUUAUCCUUCCCAUUACGACAAUAUCAACAACUUGGAAAUCAUUGGUGCUUACAACUCCGAUGAGAUUCCAGCAAGCAUAGUCCGCAGAACAAGACUUCUCCUGGAGGCCCUUUCUGAAAGAGACAUUUUGAGUACAAAAAUUCAGACCUACAGAGAUAUAUUAGAUGCUUGUAAUAUCAGUUCUUUCAGGAUGUCCAAGCAAGAAAUCAAGAUUAUGGCAACCAUGGAUGUGAAAGUUCUCAAUAAGAAGAUCGAUUUGCUUUCGAAGUUCCUUCGUUUAAUUGACGUCAAGAUUCAGGAAAGUAAUUGGCUAAUUGAAAUAUAGAUAGGUGGAUCAAAAAAAUGGAUUCAUACCUAGUGGUUGCGGUAUGCACCAAAUUCAAUUCUAUCACUUCUUAGUGUUGAAGCACGAACUGUGAGACUGGAUCUUGCCGUUACGAAGCAGAUUGUUAAUUUUUGUUGGUAUCUAUCAUUUGUUGAACUAAAGGUGAGUCUCAGACCCGGU